AUGAACUGGAUCGACCUGGCGAACCUGCUGGUGGCAACUGGCAUUCUUGCAAGUUGGCCAGCCCAAGCAGCUCCAGCAUGCAAUGUAACUGUACCGAACCCGAUCGUCCGGGCCGCACAAGCCGCUCCUGGGACGAUCGCGGCAAGAUGGGCGGCGAAGAACAAGUACUUCGGGGUUGCGGCAGACCCUGGGACGAUAUCGAAUGCGAAAAAGGCUGGUAUCAUCGCGAAGGAGUUCACACAACUCACCCCGGAGAACAGCAUGAAAUGGGAUGCUACGGAACCGCAACGCGACCACUUCACGUUCGGCAAUGCUGACCAGUUGAUGAACUUCGCCACAUCAAACGGACAGAAGGUGCGCGGUCACACGACCGUUUGGCACUCUCAGCAUCCAGCUUGGGUAGAACAAAUCAACGACAAGGCCACACUUACGCAGGUCAUGGAGAAGCAUAUUACUCAGGUGAUUGGACAUUUCAAAGGCAAAAUCUUCGUUUGGGACGUGGUGAAUGAAGCUUUCAACGAGGACGGCAGCAUGCGUGAUUCGGUGUUUUAUAAGGUUUUGGGAGAGGAUUAUAUUCGCAUCGCCUUUGAAGCGGCCAAGAAGGCCGAUCCUGCAGCGAAGCUAUACAUCAAUGACUACAACCUCGACGACCCCAAUUACGCAAAGACCAAAGGUUUGAUUGAGAAGGUGACGAAGUGGCGCUCUCAAGGCAUUCCGAUAGACGGGAUCGGCUCGCAAGGCCACGUAUCCGCGGAGUGGAAUACGGCCAAGACGAUACCCGCGGCCUUAAAAGCUCUCUGCGCCGCUGCUCCGGAAUGUGCCCUUACGGAAGUCGACAUUGCAGGCGCCGCCCCGAGUGAUUUCGCCACGGUCACCAAAGCAUGUCUAGAUAUCAGCAACUGUGUAGGCGUGACGAUCUGGGGAGUGACAGAUGCGGAUAGUUGGAGAGCCAGCUCCACUCCGCUGCUGUUUGACGCCAGCGGCAAUAAGAAGCAGGCGUACACUGCUGUUCUUAAUGCAAGUUAG